AUGUCCGAAACCCCCGAAAAACACGUGAGCAAGCGCGGAUGUCUUAAGUCGAAGCGCUCUCGUUUUCUCUUGGCAGCUGUUGUUCUCAUUGUGAUUAUUGCUGCCGUUGUUCCCUCCGUGGUCGUCACAACUCUCCGGAAGAAGAAUAACAGCAUGGGUCCAAAAGCGAAGGUUUUCGUUCCACUCUAUGUGUACCCUGCUCCUGAGGCGUGGUCUCCGCUUGAAAACGUGAUUUCUGCCCACCCUGAUGUGAACUUUACCGUCGUAAUCAAUCCAGGAAGCGGGCCAGGGCCUAACGCCCUUCCAGAUGCCAAUUACACUCGUGAAAUCCCGAAGCUCACUGCUUACGAAAACGUCCGUCUUUUGGGUUAUGUUCAUACUUCGUACGCAAAACGCAAUGUUUCUGCUGUUCGCAAGGAUAUUCAGACUUACGCUGACUGGCCGACCAAUUCUUCUAACCCCAACCUGGCUGUUCGCGGAAUCUUCUUUGAUGAAACCCCCCAGCAAUAUGAUGCUCAAACCUUCAGUUAUUUGGAAGGGCUGACGGACUUCGUCAAGGACCUCGAGGGUCUUGGUCCUGAUCAAUUUGUCGUCCACAAUCCCGGUGCUGUUCCCGAUUCCCGGUACCUGUCAACAGCUGAUUCGACGGUUGUCUUUGAAGCUGCUUACAACACUUUCCAAGAACGUCAGGGCGCCAAGCUAUUCACUGGCAUUUCGGACAGCAAUCGUACCCAACUGUGUGCCAUCGUGCACUCCGUGCCUGAUGACAUUGAGGGCAAGUCGCUUCGCGGCCUCGUGAAAGAGGUACGUAAGGUGGCCGAUGAGGUGUACAUCACUCAUCUUAGCACGAACUACUAUGCCUCCUUCGGGGACAAGUGGACCGAGUUCGUCGAUUUGAUGGCCGCUUGA